AUGAGAAUUGAAACAAGGGGCCGAGGAGACCCACAGGCAGCGUCUCGAGGUGCAACAGUUUACCGCCGCGAGUGUAAUGAACAAGGUUGGUGUCUGUGCUACUUCCCAGGGGAGCUGCAGGGGCAGUGGGCCACGCAGGGCACGACGAGCCGGGGCGCGAGGGGCUCCAGGGCGCCCAUAUCCUACCAACACAUCACCAUCACGGUCGACCUGGUGCUGGAGUGGGGCACCUGCCACGCCCGCGUCGAUAACAACGUCAUUCUCACCGACAGGACGGGCGGCGCGACCUGCUUCCGGUGCAUCAGCCUCAACGUGAUCUCGCCCAAAGUGGUGCAGGUGUGGACGCUGGGGAUCAACGCCUGCUACACGAGCGAGUCCGAGGCCUUCUCCACCUGCCCGCCCGCGCCCGCCAUCGCCACCCGACACGCCCGCGAAAUCAUGCUGUACAGCGUCACGGCGGGCGUCUUGGCGAACAGCCCGUCCGAAUUCUCCUCCAACUGCCCCUACGGCUUCGGCUUCAACGUCAAUACCGCGACUGCUCCGGUUUCAGGCCUUCAGCGAACGGACCUGCAGUGCCUGGGCUCGUGGGUGGGCGAGGACGGCAAGAACUACCUGGCCGUGCGCGACGCCCGGAUCAACGACGGAGACCCCGAGCCGCAGUUCAGGUGUGGGAUGUUCCUGGAGGAGGCCGGGACGGGCAGGGUGCUGCUGGCCUUCAGCGAGGAUUCCACCUGCGUCAACGGACUCAACUCUGCCUCCGACGGCUUCGAAACCUACGACCUCACCUCGUACCCCGCCCCGCCGCUGCCCCCUCAGGUGACGCUGGCCAACUGCACCUUCCCGCGCUCGCUCCUCGGGUACUGGCACCACACCUACGUGGAGGAGAGGACCAUCAUGUUCAAGGACUACCGAAACUACAAGUCGUACACGGCCACUUGCGUCCAGGACUUGAACGACGGAGAGAGGUUCAUCGUGUAUGCGCGCACGCACUGCGGCGAUUGGAACUAUAACUGCAUGUGGCUCAAGAGGCGCAGUGCCAACAUCUUGGAGUUCAUGCUGGGUCUCUAUCCGAGCGAGGUGUUCGACGACCGGCUGUGCGACUAUGCCAAGUUCGGGGACAUGACUUCGUGGAUCACACAAGGAAAAUCCCUCGUGGAGGAGCCGACGGCGUGUCCCAUCGUCGGCAACUACGCGGGGGAGCUUCCGGACGCGAAAGGGAUCUGCUCGCAGCUCUAUUCGGACUGCGACGCCCCCGAGAUCAUGUACUACACGGUCAGUGAGUGCCGGAACAACACCGCCAUCUAUGAACAGCGGGAAUAUCAGUGCUUAGGGCAGUGGGAGGAAGAAGGACGACUCUACGCCUUCACUUAUCGCAGGGAUGUCAAGACCUACGAGUGCUUUGUGGGCGUAAUUAAGCCCUCAGGGGUAGUCUUCAUCAAAGAAGCGGGUCCCGUGUGUUCCAGGGGUGUUCAGCCUGAGGUCCUGGGUAUGAAGCUGCACAGGAAAGAGGCGUGCGUACCCCCAACGCGAGCGAGUCAGAGUUCCCUCGUAACGGAUUACACGCCACGAGCCACCAGGCCUCCGUGGCUGAGAACCACUCGACCCUGGAAGCCUAUAACAGGUCGACCGAGUAGUCGUCAUUCCGGAUGUGGGGGAAGAUCCUCCAACUUACUCUACAUCUUGCUUUUGGCCACACUUGCAUCGCUAUCUUGGCUUAAGAGCUGCAGUGUCUAGCGGUUUUAUUUAUCACUGGAAGAAUCAGUAUCUUGUACAGAGACUAAUCUGGAGAUGAUAUGGGUCUUAGCCAGUUGUAUAAUUUAAGUGAUUAUUUGAAAGGAAAAAAAUAUAGUCCUAGAAAAUUAAUAUUUUGAUGGAUAUUAUCAUUGUCCAAGAUGAACUUAAGAUCAAAGAGAAAAGGAUGAAAAUGUCUUACUAAUCAAGUCACCAACUAGUCAGAUUUUUUGUCUUUAAACUUAAAUUAAAAUGCAUUUUAUACCAAAUUAUUAGCAUACAUAAAUUUUAGUAGGCCAUUGAUACUACAAAUGAUAUUGAUAGCUUUACUAGACUUAUUAACAUUUAAAGAAGUAGUAUAUGAUUUUAAUUCCUUAUAAAAGAACUCUUAUGAUGCAUAACUUAAAAUAUUAGUAAAUUCAUGUUAGCUUACAUAUAGUGAAAUUGUAGUGGAUGUAUCUGAGUUUGUACAUGUUUAGGAGUCAUUUAAAAACUUUACGAUGUGUCAUAUUUUUUUGUAGUUUUUAUGCACGGUCAUUUUAAGAUGUUGUAAGUAUUAGCUUUAUUUUUUCUAGUGAUGCACACCAACCAGUCAAGAUUUCAAAUUAUGUUGCUGUUGAAUUUAAUGACAUUAAUAGAUCAUUAAGUAAAUAUAUAAAUAUAUUACAUGCUGACUACCUGUGCAUUCACAUGAAUGCUUUUUCACCAGUGAAUAGUUGUUAGAUUAUGUAUAAGCACAAGUAGUUUUAUGAGACUAAGAUGACCUAUAUUUUGCAUGUAAUAUUUGUGGGCCAUCUUUUUACGACAACAGAUUCUAUGUUAAGCAGGCAUUUUCCAGAUUUGUAAGAAAGAAGCAUUUAUGUUCACACUUUUUUCAGUGGCUUCAGCACUACCCUGUUAAAAUGAAGUACUUGUAUGGCAUAUUUAAGGAGCUCCAUUUGUCACAUUAGUAAUUAUGAUACCACUUUUGAUAUUUUUUAGUUACCUUUAGGAAAUUGUUUAUGGAAUGAUAUUAAUUUCUUUUUGGGUUAGCCGUACUACUUACUACCUACAGAAUUAGACCGAUUCUCCUUAUAGUAUUUGCAUAUUUUUGUACAUGGGUUAAUUUUUAACUAUUAUAUCCCCACUUCUUUGAUUUACCUUGGGAUAAACUGUAAUAACUUGACUGAAUUUGGAUAUGGAAGAAUCAGAAGUGUUCCCAUUGCAGUUAGUAAUCAGAAAUUGUUUCAUUAAUGAAUAUAACAUGGAUUUAAUAAAUUUUAUAAUGUCAUAAUCGAUUUCCAUUUUUAAAAAAACAUUACAUUCCUAGUUCCCCAUUAUAACAACUCAUGGGUCCUAAAUAAUUUCAUUUUUUUGUUUUCAAGACUGUGUAGGAUAAUGGUAAUCUUUAUUUCCUAUCAACAUUAUUUGUUGGUUUACUUUAAUCUUUCCCAUGGAUUUUCUUUUGCAAGAUUCAAAAAUAUAUAUUUUUUAAUUUCUUAUGUUUUAGCAGUGAAUGACAUAUUACAAAUGUAUUAUAAUAGCAUAAGGUAUAUUGAUAAGAUAAUGUUAAAGUGAUUGCUAGGUACCAAAUAUUGGUGUACAGUAUUUCAUCCCGUCUUCUAUGGCAAAUAUGAAAUACACGGGUCUACAAAACCAUACAGUAUUUUUCCAGCCAUUGCCAGAAGAGUAGAUAUACCAAAAAAUGAAACCAAACUACAGAAAAAAUGCUCAAUUAUUCUCAUUGUUUUCUGAAAGCGAGCAGCUUGAAUAUCUUCUCAUUUGAUAAGUGGUUACAUGGAAUUACUUAAGAUGGUGAUGCCUGCUAAGUGUUGUACAAAAAUAUUUAUUCUUGUAUGUUAUUCUUUUUGUGAAUACUAACCCUUCUGCACAUCCAGUUGUAUAUUGAGGUAUAAACACACUUAUUCAAAUAUA